GAGCUGUCAUCUCGUGUUCCUGCACCACCACAAGAAUUAUACUGUACCUACUUUAGUUUACGGACAAGUCCUGCCCCCACAGUGACAUCACUUUUAAUGAAUCUUCUGCAGUGAGCUGCUUAGGUUUCAGCGUGAGAGAGCAGGGAGAUUCUGCUGAACAGCAAUGUGGAGCGCUGGUGCUACAAUACUACCACAGAUCCGUUAUCCACUAAACCGACACAGACGUCAAUAGCGCAGCAGAAUGGCAGAGGAAAGCAGGGGGAAACGAAGAAAGCAGGCGAACCCGAAGAGAAACCAAGUCACUUUCGAGAAGUUGCCAGCCUUGGGAUCUGAGGGGGAAGAUGAGGAAACCCAGUCUGUUAUGGAGGAGAAAGACAGUCAGGAUCCUGGUAGCUUCAAUCCCAUUGACGGUGGAGAGCCAGUCAGCCCAUCUGAGUAUCCUCGCCCCCGGAGCCUGAGCUCAGAGCCCAGUGCAGGAGAGCAGGAGCAGGACUGGCCAGAGAAGGAUGAACACAUGACCCGACAACUUCACGGUCCAUGUGAAGACCAGGCACCGGAGUCGGAGCUGGAGGGGCUCUACUAUCUGAAAGGGCUGGAGAGAGACUCGCUCAGUCCAGCCAGCUUACCGGAGUGUCUGCAACAGAACGGAACCCCCAUAAUCUACCCUGAGGCUCCAGAGGAUGAGCCCCUCCCUUGCAGAACCCCUGUGAGAGACGUCUCUGAGGGCAAAGAAGCCGCGCCAAGGACCCCUGAAAGUAUUCUGAUUUGCCCAUACUGUAACCGUGGAUACCGGAGGGACGGCUCACUACGAGAGCACAUUAGGUUCUGCCACAAGAGAGAGGACAGCAGUCUGGUUUGCUCACUGUGUGGCUACAGUGCCUCCUACCAUACACAGAUGGAGAGGCAUAUGGAGUUACACAGCCAAGCACAAAACCAGCAUCCAGGACUUGAACAACCUACAGAGAACAGGAAGUUUAAAUGCUCGCAGUGUGGCAAGGCUUUCAAGUACAAGCAUCAUCUAAAAGAGCACCUCCGCAUUCACAGCGGGGAGAAACCUUAUGAAUGCUCCAACUGCAAGAAAAGAUUUUCACAUUCUGGAUCGUACAGCUCCCAUCUCAGCAGUAAGAAAUGCCUGAGUGGGGGGAGCACCAACGGCGGGGCCUAUGGUGGAUUGACAGCCAGCUUAUCGCCCAAAUCUCCCUCUUUGCCCCUGAGCCUGACACCCACAGGAGGGGCCAAAAGAGGCUUAAAGGAGUCCCUCUUGGACCCAUCCUACCCUUUCAGGAUACAAGACAGAUGCUUAGAUUACAAGCACGUUGAGGACUCUCCAAAGGACAAUGCAGACUUACUGAUGAGCAGGGAUAUGGGUCUAGAAAUCCCUACACUCCAGAAACUCCCACACUGUGCACCGCUCUUGCCUUUUCUAAAUCCAGGGAGAGAAUAUGAACACAUGGUCAGUGCAAUGCUACAGGGGAGUGGCUAUGGUCAAUCAGCAGAUUUUACCUCCAGAGGGAUGGAAAAGGUUUUACAAGAGUGCCGGGAGCAAAUGCACAUGGAGAAGCCAUCAGACCCAGACAAGCCCCAGCUAAGUGUCAUCACCUGCAGAUGGUGUUCUCAGCCGUUCCCCAACAGAGCCGUGCUGUAUCAGCAUGAGAAGUACCUCUGUAAGAUGAAUAGGGAGGCUGUGGAGGCAUUUGAGGGCCCCCGGGAAAGUAGGGAAAAGGAGGACUCUCAUGCUUUGAACUUCUCCAUCAAAAGCAACCUAGUUCAAGACAGCCAGAAAGGCUUCAAUAGCACCAUCGUGGUAAACGGUUCUUCAGAAGACCCCAAAAGACUGCCUCACCGCCAAUUCCCAUCCCGCAUCUCGUCUCCGAAUGUACCCAGGCCCAACCUUCUUUGUUUCCAGGCAGAAUCUUCCCCGGAAAAUUCCACUUCCACAAGCACUCCGAUGAAGGAAUUGCGGAACCUAGAUCCCCUGCAAAGGCUUGCUGGUGGCUCUCCUUCCUACCUUGAGAAAAGACGUCCGGCUGCCAUCUACGAGGAGGCCUCGUGUCUGGAUCUGUCUACUUGCCCACCUCAAAAGAAGGGCAGGCCUGCUCGAGAGAGACCUGCCUCAAGAGGACCUCAGAUGGAGCCCUUGGACUUAUCUUUACCCAAACCCAGAGAGGAAGCCAGCGAAGGAUCAGACACAAAUGGAAGCACAAACAGUAUGUCCCCCAUUACUGAGAAGGAGAGAACCGUAUCCCCAGGACAGAGAACGCCAAUACUACAGCCCCAUUCUUUCGGAAUGAACUCUCUCUAUCGUAACUCUGUCUACAGUGCCUUUCCUUUUAUUAACUCUAUGCUGCCCGGUGGCUUGGUGAACACAGGCCAUGAGGGUCUUCCGGGAGUUGGCUUAAACCCAGCAGUUGCCGGAAUGGCUUUUCUCCCUCCGAUGGCUUAUAUGUUUGAAGCAGAUCCGGAAGCUCUUUUGAAAAGGAUACACCAGGAGAGACAAGCCGCUAUGGGAGAGGUGCUAAACAGAGGUUGCCUAGACUACUUAUCCUUGCUAGAUGAUGGGAUAGAUGUGGAUUGCGGCCCAGGAAGAAAGCGCCUCAGGAAGACAGAAGAUGGCCUUUACGCCUGCGACCUAUGUGAUAAAACAUUCCAGAAGAGCAGCUCACUCCUUCGCCACAAGUACGAACAUACAGGGAAACGGCCGCACCAGUGCAAGAUCUGCAAGAAAGCCUUCAAGCACAAGCACCACUUGAUCGAGCACUCCCGCCUUCACUCUGGAGAAAAACCCUACCAAUGCGACAAGUGUGGCAAGCGCUUCUCCCACUCUGGAUCCUACUCCCAGCACAUGAACCACCGCUACGCCUACUGCAGGAAAGACCUGGACCCCAACUCCGAAGGGGCCGAGUUGAGGCAGGAGCCCACCCCCACUGAUGAAUCCUCCUACACGGAAGACGGGGACUUCAGGAGCGAGGAUUGGGAGGGAAACGGUCAUAACCUAGAGCACGAUGAACCAGCGGGCAUAGUGGACAACCACGAAGGUGGAGAGGAUGAUGAAGAUGGCAUCCCAACGGACAAUACUGACGCAGACCAGAGGCUUGAUCACAAUGUGAAGGACCCCACAGAAGAGCAGGGCGAUACAGCAGAGAUAACGGAAUAGUGCCUUCUCCUGCAGUAUACCCAAUACUGCAUAGUCAUUCUGAUUAGGAUUUAUCCGAUCUAAAUAUAAUGGAACUCAAAUUGAAGACCACAACUACGGUCUUGAGUCAUCAAAGCCUUACGAGCAAGUUGGUUAAACGGCAGGCAUAGAAACAUUUCACGUGUCACACGACGUUUGAUUAGCAGUAUAAAAGGUAUCCUAGUCCGAGCCUUCAGCAGGUAACUAUUGCUGGCAGCUGUUAAGCAACUUGUUGAAUGGGAUAUUGUCAAGAUAUACACAUUCAUCUCAUGCUGUUGCCCCGGGAAAAGUCUCCUACAGCGAGUUGCCAAAUCCCUAAAAGUGGCUUUCUGUGUCACAGAAUUUAUAAACAUAUUCCUUAAAGAAGGGAGACUAACCCCUAUAAAACGGGGAGAUAUUACCAAUUAUUUCAUUACAGAUACAAUGGCAUUAUGAUGCAUUAAAAGACAGUCCAAAAAUGUUCCACGCCAAUGUUUUACCCCGUGGAUUCCCCUGCCAACCUAAGCCCUCCCUCCAUGUUCAUGUGUCUUUUCAAAAUGGGUUUAAAACCAUUAAACCAGAAUGUAACACAAAUGUAUAGGGUUGAGUCUCUUUAAAUCUCUUAGGGGCACAAUCACAGAAAAAAGUAAAGACUGUAUCUGUCAACAGAAACUUUCUUUCACCCCUGGAUCUCUCUCUGAUAGUUUUCAGGAGCCAUCCAGUCAUUCACGUUACAUCACCAUCUGUAAAAAAAGAUCUUGCACACGAGAUCCUGUUUAAUGAAAUAAAAUUAUAAAACUGCACAUUGAUCACGCUGGUGAGAACUGCUCCUUGCAGAUACUAUGAAAAGUAGUAUUUUGUCAAUGUUGGUCAAUGCUCCUCGCAUCUUUUGGGCUUUCAUCCCUUUGUUCCAAACACUAGACCCACUGCCUCCUAUAAAAUAAAACGCAUAUCCGAGGAGGAACAUUUGAUUGUUUUAUUUUACUGGUUUUAAUUUAUUUAUAGGAGAUUUUAGUUUUUUUUUCUCCAAGCAUAUUGGUGCUAUACGUUCAAGCUACACAGUAUGGUUAAUAGAAUAUGACCAUUUUUUUUUUACAUAAUUAAAAGUCAAAGCUUUUCAUAGAAAAGUAAGCAAUCCAUGUGGCUUAUUCACAUUAUAUCUAUGGAUAUCCAGCUUACAACACAAACACACAUUUCAGCAAUUGGCAAAGGGAGGACAAGGCUUAGAGUGGCGCAGAUCUGCUUCCUCACCCCCUAAGAGAAAGGGUGCUCCCUCCAGUCCAGGGCAGGCUGAGGCAUGGAGACUGAACUGCUCCCUCACCCCCUAAGAGAAAGGGUGUUCCCUCCAGUCUAGAGCAGGCUUGAGGCGUGGAGAGUGAACUGCUCCCCCUUGGAUUAUUCAACAAGUACAAGUUUCAUUUAUUUAUUUAUUUUCAAUCUGUGGACCAAAUUCUGGAUACUUUACACCGUUUCUAUAUAUAUAUAUAAUUCCUUUGUUACUAUUGAUUUUUUUGUUUCAUUUAAUUGAGAAUACUGCAAUAUAAUUUUUAAGUGCAAUUGCUUUUGUAUUAUAACAGUAUGAUUGUCAAAUGUUCUUAUUUGCAAAGCACUCUGUAGAGACCAGACAUAUUUUUAUAGAACUGAGUGCCUGUGAUAAGGACAGGAGGUGGCGGGGGGGGAAGCACUAAAUAAUGCCUCCCUGGGUACUUAAAUAAUCUAGCCUUAUAAACCACUAUACAGUAGCCAGAGUGCAUCCAAUCUGAUACAGAAUAUAGAUCUAUCAAUUGAUAAAAAGCAUACAAAACUGAAUUCACAGGAAACUCAACAAGAUGUAAAAACAACCUGGUCCUCUCUAUUUCUGCAAACCAGAUAACACCUUUAAAGGUGUAAUAAGUAUUAACUGUUAAUUGAACAAAAUUGGUGCCUUCGAUUUAUAAUCUGAUUGUUGGCCGGAAAUAAUCUACUCAAACCAAAAGUUCCUAUCGCAGUAGUCAAGGGACCGCCAUUAGCUUUUCUAGUGUUGUGUUGAUGAGCUAUUAUCCAUUUAAAAAUAUAUUUGAAUGAAUUACAAUGUAUAUUAGUACCCACGUCAAAGUUUAAUACAUUGUGAUUGUAAUUCCCUUUACUGUCAGCAAAGGGUGAAAAAUAAAAUGCAGAUCAAGCUCAUAGUAAAACUACACGAUUCUGCAUUCUGCAAAGUAUGGUAAUCCUCACAUUUCUUUGAAUGUUUGAUAUCACACAGGGGCAUUCUUUGCAAAGAUUCUUUAAGAUACUGUGGUUCGCUUGAAUUAUUACACCAAGAAGUGGUAUCCAAGGUUUGAACUGCUCCCCCUUUUGAUCCUUGACUAGUGUCUUUGUUAUGCAGCUGUUUACAACGCUGUAGAAUAACUUCAGCAUCCUGGUAGCUGUAGGUCACAUGGUCCGAGUGCCGCUAGGCUAUUGAGUUUGAACUGCAACACAAAGUGAAUAGGUACCAGGAAGCAGUAGUAAAUUCACAUCUAUAGCGUUUUUUAAAUAGCAGCAUGUUGCAGAUUGAAGUAGAAUUCCAUUUUAAACCCUUCCGAUUCACAGAAGGGCUUAAAAUACUUGUUCAAAAGCACACUAUAGCUGCAUGUAAAGUUAACUUAUAUUAUUGCUUCAUAUCUUUUUGACCAGCUAUUUUUUUUUGUAAGAUACUUUGAAAUUGUUAUUUUUAUUUUAACGACCAAAUAAUGUAUUAUGCAAUAACGUCAC